AUGGGACUCGGACAGACGCAGAGCCCAGAGCCUAUUGAGUCGCUUGCAAGUGAAGAAUCCCCGAUUGUUACUCGCCUCACCCAGGGACUGGCAGAAUGUGACUGGGAUCAACUUCAAGAGAAAUACACGAAUGCUAUGGAUGAGCACAGCCGUGUCGAGGAAGAGCUGCGAGCUGAAACCGCCCGACUACUCGAAGUCUUUACAGCUUGGUCUCAGACGACUGUGCUACAAGAUGAGAAACGGGCUUUGAAACGGUGCGGAUACCCCUUGAAGGAGGCGAAUGUCCUCUGUAUUUGCCCAUCUCAAGUCCCGCUCUCAACGAUAUCAAUGUGCAGGUUCAAGACGCAGAUGCAGCACGUGCAAAACUCUGAAGUGAGUGUGGAAAACAAGAAGAAGCAUUACAAUGAUGUAGUCAAGGCGUUUCAGAACGCCUUGGCUCUGCUCAACGAACAGACGAAGUCCUGA